CAGGAGCGUGUUCUCAGCAUAGCUGUCAAGUCUCCCGUUUUGGCCGGGAAACUACCGUGUUUUACCCCUCUUUCCCGCCAUCCUCCCAUACUAGUAUUCUCCCGUAAAUCUCCCGUAUUAUAAUAUAAUAAUAAAAAAACAUUCCUCUGCUUCUUUGUCUGAAUUCUGUCACUAGCCUCGCGACAGCGGGAACAAACCUGGAACAACAAAGGAGAGAAAUGGAUAGAUGUGACGAAAGGGAAGGCAUUUCUGUCAGAAAAAGAAAGACAUUGUGCAAAUAUCUUGAAAAAUGGGACAGCGAAUUUUCUUUUCUAAAGAAGAGCAGGAUGGGGCACGGUCACGCGUUCUGUAAGAUUUGUAACUGCGAUUUAAUGUCUCCCACGGAGGAAGGAACGACAUCAGUCAGCAAGGGCUGUGGCAUCAGAGCAGCCCAGGUACCGGUGGAAGACAUCCUGGUGGGGAUAUACACCCACUUUGAUAAAAGUGCAAAAAGAUGUGAACUCUACAAAGGGUUUGUAGAUUUCACUGAUUCAGACCACCUGAAGCUCCUCAGGUACUGCAGCACCAGAUGGCUGAGUCUGCUAACCUGCAUCCAGAGAGUGUUGAACCAGUGGGAUGCACUACAGGCCUACUUUAACAGUCAUGAGGAGGUGGAGAGGAGUGCCAAAGUGCGCGAUCUAGCAAGCCAUCUGCAUGAUCCAAUCGUGAAGGCUUACUUCAUGUUCCUGAGUGCUGCCCUUAAGCCUUUAUAUGAAUUUAAUAUUGUCUUCCAGUCAGAGGCCGUGCAGAUUCACAAACUUGAAGAGGAGAUCUGCAGGCUGAUCAAGAGGAUCCUGGGGUUCCUCAUACCAGCAUCAUGGGUGUACCUCUCAAGGAGGUGGAGUAUGGAGAAGGACAUCAGCUGGCUGAUGAAGAGCUCUUUAUAGGAGCAGAAACAAAGGCAUUCAUGGCAAGGAAAGAGCUCCCUGUGUCAGCGGAGAAGAAAAUCUUUCAGUUUUUAUUACCCAGCAGUUAUUUAAUUAUAUCAUCUUUUCACAGUAUGAGAUUAUAGGCUGUAGUGUUUUUUGUUUACUCUUAUGCUGUUGUAGAUCUGUGAGAAGAUUCUAUGAAGCAGUGCUUCAGAAGAUGUUCUCCUCCUUUCCUCUUGACCAUCCACUCCUGAAGGACAUGAAAGUGCUGGACCCUGCUGCUCGCCUUGACAUUACUCCAGGGACAGGUAGAUGUUAGAGUCAGUUCCUCAUUGAU